CACCCCUAUCAUCAGCAGCUAAAAAGCCCAUCAGUCUCCCCUCUCAUCCACAUCCAUACCACCGCACCUCGCCCACUUAAUUUACGAGUACUCCUACUUAUCCCCCCACCCCCAAUCCGAAUAACGAGAAAGGCCAGACAUGGAUGCCCACCCCCCUCCAACCCUCAUAAUAGCAACAGAUACGGCCCACUUCAACACAACCCCCUGGGCAGCCGAGGGCUACGCAGUACUCCACCUCCCCUUCGCCAACACGCGCAGGAUCGAGAACGCGACGGACGACAUCGAGCCAAACACCAAAUGUGCGCUCCUCGCCUUCGGCCAGAGCGCCUUCCACGCCCUCUCCCUCGCCACGUCGUCGCUCCCAUCCCUCACCGCCGUCAUAGCAUACUACCCGCCCAUGCUGCCAAGCGCCCCCAGGGGGUUCCACCCGGGCAUCAAGAUACUCGUACACCUGCCCGCCUCCGCACCCUUCUCGCUCUCGGGACGGAGGGUUAAGGUCAGUGUGUAUGAGGGCGUGGAGGCCGGCUUCGCCGAGGAGGGAGGUGGGGGUGCGAACUACGAUAAGAUCGCCGCCGAUCUUGCCUAUUCCCGCAGUCUGGCGGUGUUGCGGGAGACGGUGGGACCGGAGGUUGAUCUUGAGGGGAUCUGGGACGAGCAUAUGCUUUAUGAAUUUGUCGAGAAGGAUGUCGACAGGACUAUGGCGACUAUGGUUGAGGAGCCCUAUGUUAACCAUGUUCCCACUUGCACCGGAGGAGUAGGCUACAAAAACCUCUACCACUUUUACAAGUACCACUUCAUCCCUCUAAAUCCGCCAUCCUUGACCAUGAAAUUAGUCUCCAGGACUGUCGGCUCGGACAGGAUCGUGGAUGAGAUGGUGGCAAGGUUCCGUCACGACACCCGCAUCGAUUGGAUGCUGCCGGGAAUUCCACCCACCAACCGAGUUGUCGAGAUCGCACUCGUGAGCAUCGUGUGCAUCCGCGGCGGGAAACUCUAUCACGAGCACAUCUACUGGGACCAAGCAAGUGUUCUGGCACAGGUGGGCUUGCUGGAUGCCAUGAAUUUACCCAUCGUUGGCGCGGAGGGCGCGAGGAAAGUGCUUGAAGAGGGAUACGUUGAGAGUAAUAGGUUGAUUCCUGAGUGGGAUUUUGGGAAUUGGGUUGCUAGCCCGGAGCCCAGCGUACAUGGUGAUGGUGGUGACGCGGGAGGGGCGUGGAAUUGGCUGGAUGAUUGCUUUUCUGGGGACUGACUAGUUACUUUGCCCGGGUAAUGUAGUUUAUGAAAAUAGGCUGUAUAUACCUCGUAAAUGCAGCACACCUCGUCUGGUGGAUGAUUGCUGGAAGGGAAAGCAUGAGGAGACUGCUUGAUAAUUCUGGUGAUAUUGUGAUCGUUUUGUCUCUCCCCGUAUGAGUCUUCAUAAAGCGGAAUCCAGCCUGCUAGUUGUCUUCCACCCCUUUCCACCUCGAUACUGACUAAGCAGUAUAAAAAACUCUAGGGGUCGUGGUCUCGCUUCGCGAAGCGGAAGCUUAAAUAUUCUC